CCAUAUUAUACUCGAUGGCAGUUCCGUUUUAGUUCUGACAUCUGGCAGUUUAGUUUCUACCUCAGUGGCACACAGAACACACACCGAAAUCAGAUCGAAGCAUUUGCCAAAAGAUUUUUGUUUCUUAGCACACACACCAACACCAAAUCCGGUUAAAUUUAUAUGUGUAUACAGCAACACACAGGCGAACACACAUUACAGCGGUCACUAGCAAAAAAAUCCAAAAAAAAAAAUAUUAAUUUGUUUUGUCGAGUGUUUAUUAACAAAUAAAAUUUGUCAACAUCGCAUAACGAACGUUGAUGUGACGGACGGGGCUUAAUAUUAAAAGCUUUUUUUUGUUGAUGAUUUGCGCUAAAUAACAAUAAAUGGCAAUAAAUAAUUUUGAUACGUUUUGGGGGUGAAAAAAAAUUCAUUGGACGUGCUAUCCUCCACACAAUAACAAUUCAUUGGAAUUUUUCGAUAAAAAAAAAUCCGUCGAUGAAUGCUAACAUAUUGUAAGGAUUACAGGCGGAAAAAUACAAUAAUUGUUGUGUCGCAAAUUUUGAACGAGAUUUUCAAAAAACAGAACAUCAAAAAGCAAAAUACCUAAGGUUUCCAUCUACGCACACAAUUCAAUUUAGCGCAGUAAAAGAAGAACAAGCAAAAUUUCCCCAACGCCAUGGAUAUUGUUAUACGCGAAGAGGACAUCUCCUUGGCUCAGGUGGGCGUUUAUGCAUCGUUGUCCUUUCUGGUGGUUUCGGUCAUCGGCUUUGGCCUCUAUGCCACCUGUUCGCGGCGAUAUCGUUUAAAUUGGUAUGAAAAAACUCUCCUGGAAUCAGCCGAUGCCAAGGAGAGUGAUGAGCAAUGUCGUGACUCCUUGGUGGCGGCAGCUUCUGGAUAUAAUGUCGACAAUAUUAGUGAGUGUUCUCGAUCACUUGCCGGUGGCAUUGGUGGUGGUGGCGGCGGAGGAAAAGGCAACAUAACACCCUCGUCCAUAAAUACCGAUGAUACAUCAUUUUGGAUACCCCCACCUUCGAAGACAAUACAACAACAGGUUUCAACAUCGGCCGAUGAAUCACCACCCUCAACACCCACCUCACCAACGGGUAGCAUGAAAUCGAAUACGUUUUCCAUAACUUCGUGUACAUCUAUACCCAUAGCACGCAAUGACAAGCAUGUAGUACUGGCCAUGGGUCCCAGUAGACCAAAAGUUUCGUCCAUGAAUGCCAAAUUGGAUCACACCAAAAUUGAUAUGUCGUUGUAUAGAACGAAAUCCCUGCAAAAAGAUGGGUCGAAAUCUGCCAACGAUGAACAGAAGGGCAGUAUUCAUGUCAGCAUUAUUUAUGACCCACAUGCAGGCAUUUUGUCGGUCCGUCUUAUAGAGGCCCAAGAUCUACAAUCACGUCAUCACAGUGGCACAGCUGAUCCAUAUGCCAAAAUCCGCUUGUUGCCGGAGAAAAAGAAUUUCUGGCAGACCAGGAUACACAAGAAGACUCUAUGCCCAGUUUUCGAUGAGGAUUUCGUAUUCGAAGAGAGUCCUCAACUGAUUGCCAAACGUACCAUUGAAAUACUUAUCUACGAUUUUGAUGCCUACUCCCGGCACGUUUGCAUUGGUGGAGCCCAAAUACCAUUGGCAAAUUUGGAUUUGACCAAGAAGGAGAAAUUCUGGACACCAUUGGGAGCUUGUGCCGAGCAGGACAUGAAAGUGGAUUUGGGUGAUGUAAUGAUUAGCUUGGCCUAUUUACCCUCGGCUGAACGUCUGACAGUGGUGAUAAUAAAAGCACGAAAUUUACGCAUUGUUGAUGAUUCGCGUAACUCAUCGGAUCCAUAUAUUAAAGUUGUUCUCAUGAUUCCGGGUAAAAAGAAUAAGAAACGUAAAACUGGCGUUCUACGAAAUACAACAAAUCCCGUCUAUAAUGAGGCACUGACCUUUGAUGUGGGCAAGGAGGCUUUGAAAAAUGCCACAAUUGAGCUGACUGUGGUCCACGAUGGUUUGUUGGGUUCCAAUGAAAUUUUGGGUCGUGCCAUAUUGGGCAGUGGCCCCGAUGUACGUCCAGAUGAAAAACUCUUCUUUGAUGAAAUGUUCCGUUCGAAAAAUGCCACAGCCCAAUGGGUGCCACUGCAGGAUGUUAGCUCAACACGUUCCAAUUAAAUGUUAAAACCAAUUGGAGAGUUGUAGCCACUAGCCGAAGCGAUGACAAGAACCCCAACGAUGAGGUGAGGUGUCUUUGAUAGAGUCAAGCAAACCCCCCCAACCACAUACAGUUUGAUGGCCACUGGCUGUUAAAUGUUGUUGAAAAUGUUACAGCAACUGUUAACUAUUAACAUUGCACUGUUAACAUUAUUUGAAUUUUAAAGAAUGAUUUUGGAAAACGAAAAACCAACAAAACAAGUUCAAAAGAAAAACAAGCGAGGUAUUUGCAGGGAUAUUUUAGUGAAAAAUAAAAACUAUUUGAAUGAAAUUAGAGAAAAAAAAUGAUAACAUUUUGAAUUUAACGAAAAAAAAACUAUUUCUAUAUAUUGGUGGUCAUUGACCCCCCAUCUAAAUAUAUUUAAAACCAAAAAAGAGAAACAAUUAAUAAAUGUGCUUUAAAUUUAUAUAAAUGGAAAUAAGCUACAAAAUUAUUGUUUGAAUUUUCCAAAGAAAAAUACAACCCGAAAAUAAA